GGUAGAGCAUGCUGAGAGAGGGAGGAGGGAGCAGGGGGCUGAGCUGAUCCCACGUGUGACGCUUUCAUUCCCGGCUCAGUAAUAUUCUCGUAGCGGGGCUUUGCAUAUCUCCUGCUGUAUCUGUGUGUCUGUCACUGUUACUGUAGUCCCAGCCUAUAGUUUGGAAUAGAUAUGGAAGGAGACGGGAGUCAAGCCACAUCCGGAAGCCUAAAUGAUUCACAACAUGACCCGGGUAAAAUGUUUAUCGGUGGCCUCAGCUGGCAAACCUCACCAGACAGCCUUAGAGACUAUUUUAGUAAAUUCGGAGAAAUAAGAGAAUGUAUGGUGAUGAGAGACCCCACGACAAAACGCUCAAGAGGAUUUGGGUUUGUUACGUUUACAGAUGCUGCCAGUGUAGAUAAAGUCUUAGCUCAACAACACCAUGAAUUAGACUCAAAGACGAUUGAUCCUAAGGUUGCCUUUCCUCGUCGCGCCCAGCCUAAGAUGGUCACAAGAACAAAGAAAAUAUUUGUGGGUGGCUUGUCAGCCAAUACAGUAGUGGAAGAUGUGAAGCAGUAUUUUGAACAGUUUGGGAAGGUUGAUGAUGCCAUGCUUAUGUUUGAUAAGACUACUAACAGACAUAGAGGAUUUGGUUUCAUAACUUUUGAGAGUGAAGACAUCGUAGAGAAAGUCUGUGAAAUUCAUUUUCAUGAAAUCAAUAAUAAAAUGGUAGAAUGUAAGAAGGCCCAGCCCAAGGAAGUGAUGUUCCCGCCAGGUACACGAGGACGAGCCAGGGGUCUGCCCUACACCAUGGAUGCCUUCAUGUUGGGGAUGGGCAUGCUGAGUUACCCUAAUAUUGUGGCAACGUACGGCCGAGGAUACACUGGAUUCGCACCCAGCUACAGCUACCAGUUCCCUGGCUUCCCAGCGACAGCAUACGGACCGGUGGCGGCAGCGGCAGUAGCAGCGGCACGUGGCUCAGGUAGGGGGGCCCGUGGAAGAGGCGGCUACUUGGCGUACCCACAGAGCACAGGGCCAGGCCUCCCCGAUUAUGGGUUUUACUCUGCGCCCAGUGACCAGAGGGGGGGGCCCUGCUCCUUUGCCGACUAUGGCUCCCCGGGGCCCCCAGCGGGUCAGAGGCUGCCAAGGGCCACCUCCGCCUGCAACUCCCCCCUCCAGCACCUACACAGCCCGGAUCAGUUUAAGAACCCAGGCGCCAACCCGUCAAGGCCCGGAGGCUUCCCUGGUGCUAACAGUCCAGGGCCUGUGGCUGACCUGUAUGGCCCUAGCAGCCAGGAUUCAGCUGUGGGAAACUACAUCAGUGCUGCUAGCCCUCAGCCUGGCUCUGGGUUUGGUCCCAGCAUCACAGGCCCGUUGAUUGCGACAGCUUUUACAAAUGGAUACCAUUGAACAGGUGGCCGGUUGCCAUCUCAUCAGAGCAGAGUAUAUCUGGUGGCCCAGGAAAGACAGGACGAAGUUUCUAAUUGGCUUUGUGUGCAGGUGAUGCUAAUCCACUGUCAAGCACUACAGCGUCACCCAGGCAAAAAGAAUGAAAGUUGGAAACUUAGGAUGAAGAAAAGAAAAUGUUAGUCAUCUCAGAAAAAUAACAACUGCUGUACUAUAAUCCAAACCUCCUAUAACUUUACAACCUGGUUUGGUCUGAUGUUUCACGUCGAUCUCAUUCACCUGUUUCCUUCCUCUGUUUUGAUUCCUUUUUAGACAUUAGUCAUUUUAGUUUAACCUUAAUUUGGUGUCAUUUUAUUUUAUCUUCUAGUAUAUCUGUAUAAAUGGAUUUUGUUUGAAGUAAGAGGAGUCGUAGCUGAGAGUAUCCGCAAGUCAUGUCUUCAUCUUUGUAUCGGAUAGCAUAAAGGACAAGCGAUGGGAUGUUCUGUUCAGUCUUUCCGCAAAAAAAAAAAAGAAGUUCAAAGAAAGACGGCGAAAAAAAAUUACAUUUAAGGAAAAUUUUAAGAAGGUAUCUAAGUAAUAAAUCUUAGUAGCUGUUUUAUUUCUUGUGAUGUCUCAUUGUUAACCAUAAUUACCUAUUUUUGGGCAAUACAAAGAGGACUUCAAUAUUUUUAUGGUCCUUUUUUAUAAGUGUUGUUUUUGUUGUUUAGAAAUAUAUAUAUAUGCUAUAACAAAUUUCAUAUAACUACAUUGUGAAUUCAAACUUGAGAAAAAGAAAUGUAGCUGUACAUAUUAUUCCAGUCACUGCAUAUAACCAACUCAGUGAGAGAAUAGCAUAUUUUUGUGAUGGUGUGUCAAAAGAACAUGUUAUAGCGUGUGAAUAGAAGAAAAAGCUGUAAACAGUUAUUACUCUACUUUUUCUGCUGGAAGACAGUGUAAAGACCCCCACAGACAAACAGAACACACUUGCUCUGUAAAUAAUGAAGCUGAAUAAUUUUACAAGUGUCAUACCAGCAAAUUUACAAAUAAUGGGUUAAGUCAACACAGUUUUAAGAAAUAAGAAAAACUGUUGAGAUAUCAGUAUCAUUUCAAAGAAAGAGAGAAAAAAGAUGAUUUAAUCCAAAGCACACUGUACUUAGACAUGAAGAUUAGAACUUGAACCAGGCAUUUUCCAGUGCUCUGUGCAUCCUGACACUUUUAUACUCUUGAGAGGAACGUAUUAGAUGUAUGUUAUUGUUUGUUUCAUCCUGCUUGUUCCUGAUUCGUUUUUGGAACACGAUAUCUGGGCUCUGUGCUAGAGCCUUUAUGUAAUGCUUGUUCUCUGAAUCAGUCUCUUUUUGAAUGAAUUAGGAAAGUAAACAUUUUGAUACCAUACCUCAGCCUUUGUGAGUUCUAUUGCGGAAUCAUUGGCAGGUUUAAUUUAUUCUAGUGGCAAAAAAAGAAAACACUGAAAGGUUAACAAGGUGAGUAAUCAUUGCACUGUGAGUAGUAAAGUACAGGCCAUUUAUCUAUUUGCACAUGUGUACGUUGGCUUUUUUUUUUAAUGGCCCUGUGCUUUGAGAUAGUAUGAAGGAUUUGGGGGUUAAUGUAUUCUCAACUAGACAAAUACUUCAGAGUUUUGAGGUGAGGUAACAGCUUGGGAAGCAGUAACUGAAACAUUGCAGUGCACACUUAGAUUUCUUUAUCUAUAUCUUCAUGUAUUGAUAUUUAUACAGGGUCAGAAGAUGACACUGAAUUAUUCACUAUCUGUCGCUGCACCAGGUUUUACACAGUAUGUGCUGUUAGUGAUGUUACUCAUGACAGACAUUUAAUAAUAAUAUACUCCAGAGUGUGGUCUGGUUUUUGUUGUCAUUGAUGGAAUGAAUGGUGUGUUAUCUGGAAAACUUUACCUGCUGCAGAUGUAUUUUGUUGUUUUCAUUUUACCCACGUCUUGUCUUGUUUUUUUGUUUUUCAAAACAACCAGGUAAAGAAAUAUGCUGGAUACUUAUAAAGUAAACGAUAUGGAGGUGUAAUCAAGUAAUAAUUUAAAGAGUAAAGAGAAAAAAAAAACCUUGUAAUGUUCAAAUGUAAAAAAAAAAAAGAAAAAGAAAUACAAAACUUUAAAAAAGAAAGAUGCUUCUUUGAUGAUUUCAAGUUUAAUCAGAGUUUUAUUGAUAUUUUGUGGUUUAUAUAUUAAUAAUUGUAAUAUACUAUUAAAAUGUACUGUGCAUCCAUUGCUUUCUCUCUUUCCAUUCCCCAUCCUCAGAGAUCCUACUAUCUUUUGUUGAUCAUCCAUGUAUUUCAUUAGUGUGUGAAGAAAUCACAGUUACCUUGUAAACAGAGUGCUGUCUUUGAUACCAGUGUAGUGCUCUUUGUUGUUCUCCCUGCUCUACCUCUCCUUUCUCUCAUAUUUAUCCCCCUCGCGCUCUUUUUCUAUCUCCUGUAAUUACAAAGUAGAUGUUAUAUAGGACUCAUUAAUAUAAUACUUGUAGUGAAUAGUGGAUUUAGGACCAGUCAAGGUAGACCUUUCUCUAAAUGAUCAUGUUAUUCUGAUAUUUGCAGACAGUUAUUUUCGUAGAGGCUCACUGUAAUCUGUUCAUGUCUGUUUUAUUUUGUUGUUUUGCCACGCUCACAUGGUUCCAGCUAACCAAAGUUCUCAUGGAUGAACAAUAGAGAAACAGUUGCUGUAAGAUGGAAUUGUACACAAGGCAUUAUUUGGAUCCCCACCCUUGAAUGUUUCAAAAGGGGUGUGCCAUACUACCUUAAAAGCUAAUGCUAGAUAUGCAAAACAUUUAUUUUUGAUUAUUUUUAAGGGGGACACAAGCUAUAAUCAUGGAAAGAGAUUUGAUGUAAAAAAAUCAUAUUUUUUUAAGAAACAUACCAAUGAUGACCAUAAUAGUUGUGAUAUCGCUCAUAGUGAUGUUUUGUUUGUUGAAAUUGUCCCAGAUGCCUCUGGCAUAGUCAUUUUUAGAUAAUACUGUUUAUGAUCUCUUAUUUCUCUCAAAACAAUUCCAGUCAUUUUCAUUAAAAAUGAUAGGACCUAGUUAUUAUUGUAGUUUGUCAAUGAUGUUCACACAUAUUGGCAUUAUAGAGGCAUUACUGGAAAAUUAAAAAACAACUAUUGCAAAAGGCUUUCUAAACAGAAAACCUCCACUUUAAAGGUGUUAAAAGAGGGUUUGUGUAUCAAAGCUGAUUAAGAUAUAGAUGAUUUCAUGUCCUGACAUUCUGACCAGCACCAUAAAGCUGUGAUCUAUCGCUGAGCUAAAUCAGAGCAGAAAUUAUUAUAUCAAAGUUGUAUGUCAAAUGCUUAAAGUUUCCUCAAAAUACCAUGUCAAAAAUUUUUAACAAUUCAGACUUGAUAGAUUUACACAAGCAUAAACAAACCUAUUAUGAAGCUAAUUCAUUUAAGAUCUCAAGCUGUGCACACUCCAACCGCAGAUUGAGUUAUUUUUUGAGUAUGAUUUCAAUUAAACAUCAUUUAUGUUUGAUAUCAGUUAUUUAAUUUAUUUCACCUCAUGAGGUCUCAAAAUUAAAUAUUGUUACAUGAAUAAAUAAAAUUAGUGUCUAUUCAUUCUUGUCAUCCAGUCAGAUUACAUAGAGUAUGAACAGUAAUGGCAGCUUGGCAAAUUAUUCUAAAAUGAAUCCAACAGGCAUGCAGGCCACUGUGUAACUUCAAACAGGCAAAAACAUGUAAUUGGUUGCAUUGGACAGGACAGGAAAACUAUAGUAUGUGCCUAAAAUAUAGAGAAACAAAGCAAAGCUGAAAAUAAUUUACUUAUAAAUAGCAUGUUCCAAGUAUUAUUGCUUAUCGCCUCAUUUGCACAUUUUAGUGUCAAAAAUAUAAAAUAGAUUAUUGGAAAACGGUAACAGGAAUCAAUCAUUUAAGUGUAUAUGUGCUAGUUUAGUUUUAUUCUGACAAAUAAAAAAAAUAUUCCUCCUGUUCAUUUGCAGAAUUUCUCUCUUCAAUUUGUUUAUUUUUUUAUUAUUAUUAUUAAAAAAAUAAACUACAACUAAAGCCAAACCAAUACAAGAAGCUGACUGGGAGCUGAUUUCAAUUUUAUCACUGCUUCAUCUGAGAAAUAACAAGGCAGCAAAUAUGUAUGGGUUAUGGGGUUUUUGUUGUUGCAGCGCCUGGUGGCUCUUUGAUUAUAAUUAACCCUUUCUGACUGGAAAACCAGAAAAAAAACUUGAAAUGGCUCAUUUUCCCUUACACAGUAUAAAAAUUGGCUCUGUUGUUUUGUAAUCCUGUAGCUUGGACUUUAAGGUAGCAUGGCUCUGUUGCUGUAAUUUCAUUUUAUCUCAACCUGACAGCGGUUUACAGCUGAUGAAUGUUACACAUCUUAGUAGACUAGCCUAUCCAUUUGGGGAGAGGGGAGGGGUCUUGGUUUAAGAAAAAAAAUAAUAAUCAAAAAAGAAAAAAGUCAACCUGGAAGGUGUUGACAUUUGUAGUGUACUAUCGUAUCCAUUUAAACUUGAAUCUUGAGGCAAGUGCUAGGCAAUGGCCAAACAUUUGAUCCCAUUCGUUGUGGGAAACACCCACCCUGAAACCACACACACUUCAGAGAUUUCUGUCGUCUUGGAUUUGAACCUGUUUUAUCAAUAUGAACAGCUGUCUCCCAACAGACAAGGACUGUUUCAGCCUCUGCUCCAUUUUUAAUGAAUUAGACUGACUUUGAAGGCCUAUUGAGUGUUCUUGAGCAUUUUAUACCCAAAAGAGGCUUAUUCAUAGUGGUGCUAAUGGUUUUAAACCAGACAAUGUGCCCUUAUCUCUGAGAGAUACUGGAUACUGUCACAGUAACCACAAAGUGACUCUCGCUACUGUUUAUAGUGGGGGCUCUUACUGGAUGUUCCAGGACAUAACAACAGUUCAGCUCAUGUUCACAAAUCUUGACUGAACUCUUCAAGGUGACAGAAAUAGCACAAGUUCAACUGUAUUGUUGUGUUUUCGGGUGAAUUUCCCCUUCAGUCCAAACCAUUGCCAUCUCACCCAUUGC